UUCCAGUAUUGUCCACGUCGAUUUGACCCAUAAUGUCUUUGAGUUCUUUAUUUGUGUAAAGGUGUCCCUGUUUUGUGAGAAGGGCUUCCAAUUCUUCGCAGUCGAUGGUCUGCAACGCAAGUUGUUUUAAGUACGAGUUUUGUGAUCUGCUUAAUUACAAUGUCAACAUCUGGCUACUGGGUGAAGACGGCACGCCUUGAUCAAGGAUCUGUGGGAACGUUAUCGGAAGCCGGGGACAAACUAGCAACUGUGUUUGUGGGUGUGUUAACAGUGAGCGACCGAUGUUAUCGCCGUGAAACAGAAGAUAGAAGCGGGCCCAACUUACAAAAGAUCAUUACUGAAAUGAAAAGGUUCCAGGUGGUGAUUAAAGUGCACAAAAUAGUUCCGGAUGAGAAAAAUGAAAUUAAGGAAACAUUGAGAGAUUGGUCCGAUAGAUUAGGUGUAAACCUCAUUCUUACAACGGGUGGAACAGGAUUUGCUGCAAGAGAUAUAACCCCUGAAGCAACUCGCUUGGUUAUUGAUAAAGAAGCUAGUGGGAUGAUGGUAGCUAUCACUGCGGCAUCUUUGAAAGCUUCUCCAAAUGCAAUGUUGUCUAGAGCUGUAUGUGGAAUCCGGGGCUCAACGUUAAUAAUAAACCUGCCAGGAAGUUUAAAGGGGUCAGCUGAAUGCCUUAGAGUUGUCCUUCCAUGUCUUCCCCAUGGCUUGUCUCUGCUUAGAGAAGAAACCAAAACUGUCGCUGAUGAUCAUUUUAAAAUACAACUAAAUGAAGUAGCGACCUCUCUCAUUGCAGCGAAUGUUUCACAACAAACACCGUUUCCACAAAUAAAUAGCGUCAUACAACAGAAUGGCAUUUCCCCUGAUGACCAUGCAAUUCGAGUUACAUUGGACCACCAUGUCCCCACACAUGCUUUAUCCAGUGAUUCUGGAUUAUUAUCAGCAGAUGAUUUGAACACCAUCAACCUUGAUAUUGCCAAUGAUAGCUUAACUAACAUGGUGAAAGAAACUAAUGGCACUCAAAUUCCGCAAAAAACAAACGGAAAACCAGAGAGUGUUGUUUCAGAUGAUGAAUUUAAUGUGCCACGACGUCAGCGAACUUCACCCUACCCUCUUUUAUCGAUGGAUGAAGCAUUUUCUUCCAUCUUAACCAACGUAUCUACAUUACCCAUCAUAUCAAAGUAUUAUAGUGAUGCAAUUGACCACAUACUUGCUGAAGACAUUCGGGCCAAAGCUCCAAUUCCACCUUUUCCUGCUUCAGUAAUGGAUGGUUAUGCAGUUAUAGGCUUGGACACCCCAUGUGACCUUGACAUCGUGGGGGCGUCGGUUUGUGAUCGUAACAACUCCAACCACAGCAAGGGAAUCCGCAUCGGGAAGGGACAAGCCUUCAGGAUCAACACAGGAGCACCUCUUCCUCUUGGAGCGGAUGCUGUCAUCCCAGUUGAGGACACCGUUCUCCUCAAGGAAACAGAGAAUGGUAAAGAGGAAUUGACUGUCCGUGUUUUGAAACUUGUGCGACCGGGUGAGAAUGUUCGACCUAUUGGUUGCGAUAUCAAAACUGGAGAGGUGGUUCUUAAGUCUCAGACUAAAAUUGGGCCCUCAGAGUGUGGUAUACUCGCCUCUGUUGGAGCAACCACUGUUAAAGUUUACCAGAAGCCAACAGUGGCUGUGUUUUCUACUGGAAGCGAGUUGGCAACACCAGACACAGAGAACCUUGGUCCUGGAGAAAUUCGAGAUUCAAAUCGAAUUCUUCUUAUCACAACCUUACAGUCCAAUGGGUUUAAAACGCUUGACUUUGGUAUUGUACCAGAUCAACCAAAGGACUUAAAGGCAACGAUAUUAUCUGCAUGCGAGAAAGCCGAUGUAUUGGUGACCACAGGGGGUGUGUCAAUGGGGGAAAAAGAUUUUUUGAAACAACUUCUUGUGAAAAUUGGAGCCAAGAUUUUGUUUGGACGCGUUUUUAUGAAACCAGGGAAACCAAGCACUUUCGCCACUCUUGAGACUGGUCAGCGUAAAAAGUGCAUAUUUGCUCUUCCAGGCAACCCGGUGUCAGCUGUUGUGACUUGCAACUUAUUCGUUUUACCAGCAUUGCGUAAACUCAGUGGAUUUCAAGAACCCCGACCAACCAUAUUGAGCGCAAAGUUAUCCUCUGACGUGCGACUUGACUCGCGUCCAGAAUACCAGCGAGUGCAAUUGCGCUGGGAGCCCAGAGAGCCCAUCCCAUGGGCCCACAGCACCGGGCGUCAAGUCAGCAGCAGGUUGUUGAGUAUGCUCACUGCAAAUGCUCUACUGAUGCUACCCCCGAGCUCCGAUGCCUGUAAAGUGAUCAAACGCGGUGAAAUUGUCGAAGCCAUGGUUAUCGACCGGUUUUAGUUUUUUAUUUUUAUCUUUCAUUGCUUCGCCCUAAAACAGUUCCAUUUUGUAAAUUUUAUCCAUUUUUUGUGGUAUUUUCUUGUCAAAAUAACUAUGUUUAAGUCAAAAUAACUGUAUUUAUGAUCAAAAGGCUAAAUUUGCAAAACACACGGCAUUGCUUUUGCUCUACAUAUUCUUUGCUAUAAACCAGAUCUGGAUUUUUAAAUAAAUCUCCCACAACUAUAAGGUUAAUUCUGAUAAGAACGUAAUUGAAAUUAUUGCAGUCUUGUUUAAAACGCAUUGUUGAUAAUAGUCAGUUUUAAUUUUAUAAGGUCUUUAAUUCUCCACUUAUUGUUCGUAAACGAUUAUUUGUAAUUAUGUAUAAAUAAGCAAUAAUUACCGCUUAAAGCAAUGGCACCAUUUAUAUUUAAACACUACAAUAAAGUUAAAUUAUUUUGUUUUAAUUUAUCAUACAUGAUCAUUCCAUACCGCGCUGUUUUAACUUUUCAUACCACAUUAGUGUAUCUAAUGCACAAUAAUCACAUCCUCAUGUGCCAUUUGUUAUAUUAUAAAAAAUGCAACAGACCUAUGGGAUUAAAACCCAAGUAGUAUUUAACAAACCGAUUUCGAAAAUAUAUUGCACAUUAGGAGACCGAGCAACUGAGCUAAAUUUUAAGGUUACCUGACUUGCCAAUGCAUAAGACCUGACCCAUAAAAUAUAGCACAGUGUAUAGUGAGUGUACUUUGUACAUUUAAACUUUCUUUUUCUUGUUGUUUUUUGGUGUUGCCGUGUUUGAAAGAAGUCACAUUUAACAAAUAUUGCAAACUGCAUUA